ACACACUAGGAGACCUCUGCGAGGCGGUCGGGAAUGAUGUAUGUUCUUUCAAUCAGGUCUGUGAUAAAACGAAUCAACUCUGCUACCAUCGUUGUGAGUUCCUAAACUGUGGGGACCAUGGAGAAUGUCAAGUUGCUGGUAUAGAUGAGAACUCCAUUCAAGCACAAUGCCAGUGUUCGAGUGACAGCUUGUACGACUACAGCGGCGAAAAGUGUCAGACUCAGGUGAUGAACUGGAUGUAUAUACUGAUCAUAACCUGCAGCAUCGGCGGAGGCAUCAUCCUCAUCCUCGCUGUCGCCGUCAUCUACUGCUGUCUCAGAAGAAGGAAGGGACCCAAGACAGACCGGUCAUUGCUUGACGGUUACUCUGAAGGGGGACACGAUAUUUCACUGCAAGACUUCAAUCAGCGCCGAUCCCUGAUAAACCCACGCUUCAAAACCGGUUACACCAACAUGGCGCAUAGCAACGAGGGUUACCAGCCAGAUGGCUACGAUCCGUACUCCUACCAGUCAGAAAACAGGUCAUGGCUUCAUUCGGUGGAAGCCCAGAGCGCCAUGGAGAAGCAGCACAGAGCCGAGAAGGGCUUCCAGUCAGGCUUCCCCAGCAUUGAUUCCGACAGGAGUUUCUCUAUAAAGAGGCCACAGGUGUCUCCGAGAGCUGUAGGAGAUGAGCAACUCUAGGACAAGGAGGCAAAAUUCCAAGAAGGCAGAUUCCUGGUUCUUCCAAGUUGCUGGAAAUUCCAUUGUGGAAGCACUCCUGGAAAUGGUUCACCAAGGAUCAGACAGUUGUUGAAGUCAUGCAUGCCCUUUGGUCAGCGAUAACCAUGGCUCCAUUCUGAUCAAAGAACCAGUGUCAUAUUUUCAAGAAUUUACAUCAUCGGACGAGUGCAUAUUGUGUUGUCACUUUCACACGAACAUUUCAUCAACUCAAAGAGAAAAUAUGAAUGUCAUUCCACUCAUUUCAUCUUACGAAAAAGUAUUAUGCAACAUUACACAACAUAACCAGCCUUAUAUGUCCGCGGCAAUGUUUUGUGUUUUUACUGCAGACAGAAUAUACUUCAUUAAUAAUGUUGAACAUAUAGACUCUCAUGUAUCCACUACUGGUAAUCAUCUCGUAUCAGAUUAAAAAAAAUAUUUUUUAAUCUCAAAAUGAACAUAACAUCACUGCUAUUACUUUACAUAUAGUGAUCAUGAAAUUAAUUUUAAUAGUUAUAUUGAAUGAACAAUUGUUACAGUGGAGAGUAUUGGUGUUAUUUUGAUAUCAGUUUCCAAAUGGCAUCAACACCACGGAUGGACCUAACUGUCUGAAUUGUCUGUUGUGUGUGAUAUAUAAAGGUGCUGUUACUGCCGCGUAUGAUAACAUUAUUGUAAGAUUGUUAUAUGUAACACCAUAACAAAA